AUGUCACCGUCGUCGCUACAAACUCUUCACUUUGAUCUCAUAACAGAAAUUAUAUGCAGACUCCCGGUGAAAUCCCUCAUGAAAUUCAAGUGCGUCUGCAAACCCUGGAAUGCCCUAAUUUCUGCCGAUCGCAAAUUUGCUAGGAAACACCUUCGCUGCAUGUCGUCAACCAUGAACCAUAGUCUCAUUCAACAAUCCGAGAACAAUCCAUCCGACUUCUCUAUUUAUCCUCUGCGAACAUUCUUCACCAGUUGCACCACCAUCGACGCCACAGAGAUCACAUUCCCUCUCCAUGGUGAAAACUAUUUUGAUGAUCGUAUUAGCAUAGUUGCCUUUUGCGACGGAAUCUUUUGUUUAACUGUGGGGCCUUACCGUGAAAGCAUCGCUGUUUUGUGGAACCCUUCCAUUCGAAAAUAUAACAUAUUGCCCCCUUUGGAAGAAAAUCAACGCUUCAGGGAUACAUAUGUUCACACCGUGUAUGGCUACACCGUAUAUGGCUUUGGCUAUGAUAAUAUAAGGGAUAAUUACAAAGUUGUUGCUGUUACUUUUUAUAAUUGUAAUAGUAGUGGUAUUUUCAAAACUCAAACUCAAGUCAAGGUUCAUACUUUUGGUACUACUUCUUGGAGAUUGAUAGAUGAGUUUCCUUCUGGAAGUUUCGGUGAAUUUUCAGUUCGACCAGGAAAAUUUGUAAGUGGCACAAUUAAUUGGUUGGUAUUUAAACAUAAUUCAACUUUGUGCUCCAUUGUUUCUCUUGAUUUGGGGACAGAGUCCUAUCAAGAGAUUUUGCAGCCUGAUUAUGGAGAAGAAACGGUAGAAAGGAUUAGGACCUUGGGGGUUUUGAGGGAUUGCUUGAGCCUUAUUAGUGGACAAGAUAUUUGGCUUAUGAAGGAAUAUGGAAAUAGAAACUCUUGGACUAAAUUUGCAACUGUUCCUCAAGGUUCUUCUUUUAAUCGUGAAAUACUUUAUACUACUGAGGAUGAUGAAGUGCUGCUGGAGAUUAUAAUGCACUUGUCCAGGUCGAAGUUGAUGGUUUACGAUUCCACAAAUGAUACUUUGAAGAGUCUUGAUAUUAAGACCAAUGGCAAUGGGAGGCUCUCGAUCUAUGUUGAGAGUUUGAUAUCGCCUUGUUCUUAA